AGAAAUCUGAUUCCGACUUUUUAGAGAAAAACAUACAUAUCGGAGAAACAUCCGAUUGAGAUCUAAAGAAUUAGGUAUUGUGAACAGGUUGGGUUAUACAGCCAAUAAAAUUCUGGUUUUGUACUCGCCAUCUUUGGGAUUUUACUUUAGAGUCUUCGAGAUCGGGCUUUCAGCUCCCGUGGAUGCUGAAUAGAUUCUUUAAUAUCUUGAGCUUCCUUGUUCCAUUCCAUCUGUUUUGUAUCUGCAAUUUAAUGGACACCAAUGGGUUUGUAGAUGAAAAGAGCGAGAGCAGAUUGUAUGUUGGAAAUUUGGAUCUUAAAAUAAACGAGGCUGCGUUGAUAAAGAUGUUUUCUCCAUAUGGAAAGAUCAUAUCAGAAGACUUCCUCUGGCACACACGCGGGCCCAAGAAAGGAGAGCCACGCGGCUAUGCUUUCAUUCAAUACAGCUCUAAAGAGGAAGCUGAAUUGGCUAAGGAGAAGAUGCAUGGGAGAUUAGCUUGUGGUAGGCCCUUGGUGGUUCGUUUAGCUAGUGAGAAGCUUCUACAAGAUUCCUCUCAUGAUCAUCCCAAAAGAUUAUUACCAGAAGCAAACAGAUUGAGGUCUGCAAGUGGAAGCAGCUCAGGACAAAUGAGCCGAGAUGAAAAAGUAGCUGCCAUUAAGAACAAACUCAAAGCUUUGGAGGAAGAUGAGAAACAAGGAGAUCCCAAGAAACUGAAGAGAUAAAGAUACGUUUGAGAAACAAACAAACUUUAUGUAAAAGAGAGUUGAAAUGUUUUUUUAUUCAAAAAUGUUUUUACCCAAAAAGGGAUUUUGGAAGUUAAACCAAACUAAAUGGGAGGAAUGGUUUCCGGUAUUAGUGCUAAUUACAACAUUACUGGAAAUUGAAUAUAACACAACUUUC